AUGGCAAGCAGCACAGUCGUACGGGAAGCAGGCAUUGCAGUCUUCAGCACCAACGAGCUGCUUGAGUUGAUCAUGCUGCAACUUGCGCCAGCGGACAUCCUCGUGGUCCAACGUGUAAACUCAGCGUGGCAUCACACCUUCCGACAGUGUCCCGUCCUUCAGCGAAAGGUCAACGUUCCACCACCAGAUGCAGGAUGCACGCCCGAGUCAGCCUGCAGAAAGCCGAACUGCUGCGAGUAUCUGAAUCCGCUCUUCCACAAAAAGCACCCCGUUUGGUCGAAUACGGAGAGGUUCCCAUGGCAUCUCGAAUCUGUCGAGCCUCCGCUACAGUACUACAACAAAGCCGAAGAGAACAACGCCAUUUUGAAAAAGAACCCUUUCAUUAGGAUAUUUCUUAAUUUCACCCUGAACGACAAGCACAGCACCCGACCUAAACCGGUCAAGCUCUACGACGAAUCAUCACGGACCGGGUCGUGGCGGUCGAUAUUGCUCUAA